AUGAACGAUUCUUUUGAUGAUUCUUUCAACAACCCGUUCUCAUCAUUUCCCAAAGAUGAAGUCAUUGAAGAAAUGGAAAUUCAAGAACUCCCAAAGAGAUCAUCACCAAAAAGGAGCUUUUAUGAGAAAGCUGCCGAUUUAACAACCGAAUACGAGCAAGUUCUUGAAGAGCUGAGGCGAGUCGAAGUUGACGCGCAACAGCUUCGAAUCGGGCUCGAGUUGCGUCGAGCGAUGACUGGCUGUAGGAGUGAGCGAGCGGAUGAGAGAAGCGGCCCGAUUUCGUGCAAGAUUCAGGCCACUUGGCUCAACAAUGGUCAUUUAUUCUUGGAAGAAACCCUCAAAAACACUUGCGGAAACUCGUUACUCGAUUGGUCACUAGUGACAACGAUGAAGACGGCUGGCUAUAGAACAACCCCACAUCGAGCGCGGCACACAAACGAGGCACAUUGCGUCGAGUUGGGGAAAUUGUUGAGCGGAGAGGAGUUUCGGGCCAAUUUGUGCCUUCCAUCCACCUCAACAAGCCUCCCGAUGCUCGUCGAGGGAAAACUCAUGCGAAAGUUCGACCUUGGUCAUGGGGAUUUGUGCGUUUACAGAAUCUCUCUUGACUCCCGACUCAUCACUUUAUGGGAUUUGGCGACACCGGUUGAUGGGAGAAAUGAGAGCAAUCUUGAGCUCUUGGAUCGAGAGGUCAAUUGCACAACCAUGACCCUCCCGGCACCAUUCGUGAAUCUUUUCUGUGGAUGUCCAAAGGAUCUAAACAUCAGCCAUUUAUUGAAAAGUCUCAUUUCAUCAAAAUAUCGAGAAAAGAUUCUCGAGGAACAACGAGAGAUUUUGUUGAUUUUCCCGUUUUCGAACGUCGAGAAACAUUCAGUGAAGAUCUCCGUAAAUCGUCCGACUCGUCGCGAUCCAUUUACGCUAAAAAUCGGAUGCAAAGACUCAAGAGCCCGAACGAUUUUGGUCACUGAUUUACAGGCUGCCCUCCUCCUCGAAUGGAAUUCAUUGACUCGCCAUCCUCGGGAUUCGAUCGUCGAAAUCGGAAACAGCGAAACGCUGAGCGAGGAAUUUGAGCGCAUUUGUCGAAGCUAUAGU